AAUUUCAGCAAAUUUAGUUGCUUGUUGUCUUACGAGUCACGACUCUCCUUUUCCCCUUUUUCCGGUGGAAAUAAAACAAACAAAUAUUGUAGGUCGCAAUUGUGGAGGAGAACCAUCAAAUUCAUCUUCUUCUCUUUCACAAAUUUCAGCCUAAAACUUUCCGAUUCCAUGGAAAUCGAAGUCUCUUGCUCGACUCAUGAUGCCGAAACCAAAGGAAACCGCAUCGAUUUGGAUAGUAUUCGUGUAAAGCGAAAGACGUUACAGAAUCUGCUCGCGGAUUGCCAGAGAGCUCUUGAGCUUCUAGAACUUCCCGGCGAUGAAAACGGUGGCGAACAGAGUGAAUCACCGGAGGAGGAGGAGGAGGAAGAAUCGGACAGGGAAGAACCGUCUGCUUCCGAUCCAGGAGAUCCUGAAGCUGAUAAAUUUUAUGAUCUCAUCAAAUCUAGAGUUGAAUGUAAUGACUUUCGUGAAAAGAUAGAAUUAGCUCAAGUUUCAGUUCCCCAAGUUCUUGCUGAAGAUAGUAGCUCUUGGGAUGUAGUUAGUGAAGAUGAUUUAUGGGAUGAGGAAUGUGUGGGUCAAACGGAAGAUGAUUAUGUCGUUGUUAGGGAAGAAGAUAUAGCUGACGGUAUUGCUUGUUUCAUGGCUACUUAUUUAUCAUCCCUUAAGCAAACAAAGGUAUGUUAGCUCUUAUCUUCUUGUCCUUGUUCGUUUUAUGUGAACUUAUUCUGAGUGCUAUCUUUUUGUAGGAUAUAUCACCUGAUCAGCUUCAGAAAGGUAAAUCUUCAACUUCCAUGUGUUACAAUUAGAAAAGAUUUCGGCUUUAUACUCUUCCUGAAGUUUAGAAAGUAGCCUAAGGUUUUUCUUGUCAAGAACCCCAAAAUGUGUCUUCUUCCCUAAGGCCCCAAAUCAACCAAAUACUUAAAAACCAACUUAGGGUGACUAUUAUGUCUAACAGAUACUUACAGUUUGCAUAUGAAGGGUGGCUUUUAAGUCUAAGGAUACUAAGAGUUUGCUUAUGAACUGUGAUGUAGCACUUAGCACGAUGUUUUCAGUGAAGAAAAGAAAGGGGAAGCUUCGUAAGGCAUGGGAGGGAAGUAAAGUUAUUUACAACGUAGCAUCAUGGAGCGCAACUGCGAUAGGGAUAUAUCAAAACCCGAUGAUCCUGAGUAUUGCAUCCAAAGCAUUCUGGAUGUCGUGCCAGGCUAUAUCGAAGCUUGUCUGAACAAAUCUCACAUGAUGAUCAUAUAAGUCUACAACAAGACUUGGCAAUGUUUUAUAUAUCAUUAAAUUUAUCUCCUGUACAAAUGCCAUUUGUUGCCUCUUCUCUCUGUGUGUGUUAUGGCUCCUCUCUUUUCCAUUGUAUCCUCAACAUGCAAUUUUAAUGAUUGAUUUGAUCUUAAUUUGAUAUGCCAGCCUGUUCUGAAGUCUGUGUGAUAAGCUCAUAC